AUGGAAAACAAAAUACAUGCUCUUAUAACCCUAGCCCUAGACACCAAAUUUCCCUUGCCAAUCCUCUUCCUAAUCCCUCUCCUUAUCCUCUUCACCCUAUCCCGAUACCGGGCCAAGCGCUACCCUCCCGGGCCCAGCGGUUGGCCUGUUAUCGGCAACAUGGGCAUGAUGGGCCAGCUGACUCACGUCGGGCUGGCCCAUCUCGCCAAGCUCUACGGUGGCAUCUUCCACCUCCGCUUGGGCUCCCUUCACAUGAUAGUCGUGUCGAGCCCAGACACGGCCCGCGAAGUUCUUCAGACCCACGACAGCAUCUUCUCAAACCGGCCCGCCACCGCCGCCAUACGCUACCUUACUUAUGAUCGGGCCGACAUGGCCUUCGCGCAUUACGGGCCCUUCUGGCGACAAAUGCGCAAGUUGUGCGUGAUGAAGCUCUUUAGCCGUAAACGGGCCGAGUCUUGGGCCUCGGUUCGGGCCGAGGUGGAUGUGAUGGUUCGGGCCGUGGCUGAGGCCGCGGGCUCUGGCAGGCCCGUCAAUGUGGGGGAGCUCGUGUUCGGGCUGACCCGGGAUGUUAUAUACCGGGCCGCGUUCGGGUCGGGAUCCAAGGAGGGCCCGGAAGAGUUUAUCAAGAUCUUGCAAGAGUUUUCAAAGUUGUUUGGCGCGUUCAAUGUCGCGGAUUUUAUUCCGUGGUUGGGUUGGGUUGAUUUGCAGGGACUCAACGGGAGGCUCGUCAGGGCCCGGGAUUCGCUUGACAGGUUUAUCGACACUAUAAUCGACGAGCAUAUGAGAAAGGAAAAGCCCGUCGAGCCCUUGGAUAGCGACAUGGUGGACGAGCUCUUGGCUUUCUAUAGUGAUGAUCAAGGAAAGGUUUCAGAAGCUGAAGAUUUGAAGAGUUCGAUCAAACUUACAAGGAAUAACAUCAAAGCUAUUAUUAUGGAUGUGAUGUUUGGCGGGACCGAGACAGUAGCGUCCGCGAUAGAAUGGACCAUGUCGGAGCUGAUGCGAAGCCCAGAAGACCUUAGAAAGGCCCAACAAGAACUGACGGACGUAGUGGGCCUGGGCCGCAAGGUAGAAGAGCCCGAUUUCGAGAAACUGACCUACCUCCGGUGCUGCAUCAAGGAGACCCUCCGCCUCCACCCGCCGAUCCCGCUCCUCCUCCACGAGACCGCCGCCGACGCCGUCGUCUCCGGCUACCACGUCCCGGCGGGGUCGCGAGUCGUGGUCAACGCGUGGGCGAUCGCGCGCGACGAGGGCGCGUGGGAGGACGCGGCGUCGUUCAAGCCGACGAGGUUCCUGGCCGGCAACGGUGUCCCGGACUACAGGGGUAGCGAUUUCGAGUUCAUACCGUUCGGAUCGGGCCGGAGGUCGUGCCCCGGGAUGCAGCUCGGGCUGCACGCGCUCGAGAUGGCGGUGGCGCACCUGCUCCACUGCUUCGAUUGGGAGCUGCCGGGCGGGAUGAAGCCCGGGGACCUGGAUAUGGGGGAUGUGUUCGGGCUCACGGCGCCACGCGCCACCAGGCUCACGGCGGUUCCGAGCACGAGGCUGUUGUGCCCGCUUAAUUGA